AUGCUAAGCCGUUUGCACCACCGCAAUCUUGUGAAACUGAUCGGAAUAUGCAUUGAAGGCCGUACACGCUGCUUGGUUUACGAGUUCGUCCACAAUGGGAGUAUCGAGUCCCACUUACACGAAGGAACGCUUGACUGGGAUGCGCGGUUGAAGAUUGCACUCGGAGCAGCAAGAGGACUGGCCUAUCUCCAUGAAGAUUCGAAUCCCCGAGUAAUCCACCGGGAUUUCAAGGCCAGCAAUGUUCUCCUGGAAGAUGACUUUACCCCAAAGGUCUCAGACUUUGGACUGGCGAGAGAAGCUACCGAAGGAAGUCAACAUAUUUCCACUCGAGUCGUGGGGACCUUUGGUUACGGUGUGGUUCUACUCGAGCUUCUCACCGGUAGAAAACCGGUAGACAUGUCUCAACCUUCAGGAGAAGAAUACCUUGCGACGUGGGCGAGACCUUUACUAGCAAACAGAGAGGGGUUGGAGCAACUGGUUGACCCCAGAUUGGCCGGAACCUACGACUUUGAUGAUAUGGCGAAAGUGGCUGCGAUUGCUUCCAUGUGCCUCCACCAAGAGGUCUCAAACAGACCGUUUAUGGGUGAAGUGGUGCAGGCAUUGAAACUUAUAUACAACGAUGCAGAUGAGACAUGUGGUGGGGACUAUUGCAGCCAGAAGGACUCUUCAGUGCCGGACUCUGCAGACUUCAAAGGCGAUCCCUCGGAUAGCAGCUGGUGGAAUUUGACACCUCGGUUAAGGUACGGUCAAGGGUCUACGUUCAUAACCAUGGAUUAUAGCUCAGGACCGCUUGAGGAGAUGGAGAACCGGCCCCACUCUGCAUCUAGCAUUCCUAGAGGAGGCCUGUUUCUACCAAAUAGGUCGGGUCCGUUACAGCCAGUUAGAAGUAGAAGAAACUUCUUUAGAUUGAGAGGCAGCAUGAGUGAUCAUGGUGGGCCAUCAUCAUCCAGACAUCUUUGGUCCAGGAAUGACAAUUAG